AUGUACACGUACCAGAAGAAGUACACGUACCAGAAGAUGCACACGUACCAGAAGAAGUACACGUACCAGAAGAAGUACACGUACCAGAAGAAGUACACGUACCAGAAGAUGUACACGUACCAGAAGAAGAACACGUACCAGAAGAAAAGAAGGUACACGUACCAGAAGAAGUACACGUACCAGAAAGAUGCACACGCACCAGAAGAGUACACGUACCAGUACCGAAGAAGUACACGUACCAGAAGAGUACACGUACCAGAAGAAGUACAACGUACCAGUACCAGAAGAAAGUACACGUACCAGAAGAAGUACACGUACCAGAAGAAGUACACGUACCAGUACCAGAAGAAGUACACGUACCAGAAGAAGUACACGUACCAGAAGAAGUACACGUACCAGAAGAAGUACACGUACCAGUAG